UCCGAGUAAAGGAGUAGUCAGCAGUGUUGACUCGCCGCGGGCCAAGCACGACGCCUCUCGCGUACAUCUGACGUCAUCUUACACGCGCGAGAUUUAAAAAAAAAUAAAUUCAUUAAACGCUCUAGAAUUUAAUUGCAGCAGGAUGGCGGUCAAACUUACACUGUCCUUGCUGGCUCUCCUAGCGGUCGCAAAUUGUGCAAGUUUUUUAGAUUACCUUGACUGGGACGGUGGGAAGAAGCUGAUUGAAGUCCCUGAGCAAAGAAAUUCUCAACCGAACAGGAAUUGUAUGUGUAAAGGUCCAGCCUGCAUCUGUUGUGUUGAUUUCAACAUUACCAUCGUCGAUCUCGGUGGUCCAGGAUGUGUACACAUGAAAUAUUUAUCUCCUGAUGAUGGAUUCUCAGUUAAGGUCUCAUAUGGAAAAAGUCUCAUUCACAGUUCAAAAAUUCAAGGAGCAAAUCCACCACCAAUCUGUCUACAAGUCUUCGGAAAGUUUGCACAAGUAUGUGCGAAGUUCAAUGACCUCGCUCCAACCGCGGACGGCCUUCGGGGUUGUUUAGAACUGGGACCCAAGUUAUUUGGCGAGACACAGCUGGAGUUUCCUAUAGGAUGCUUCAAAUCGACAGCCGGCGGUAUGGAAAUGGAAGACCCACCAGCGGAGACUGAAGAAGCAACAACAGAAGCAGAGACUGCAUCAGAAGAUUCGAGUGAUUCAACAGAUUUCGACGCGGAAUCAUUCCUUUUAGGUGUUUAUCAGACUGCAGAACAGGGCAUGGCUUUCUUAAGCAGUUUACUCGACAUACCGCGACAGAACGCUACUAAUGUAGUCACCUCUACCGCAAAACCUGAACCACAGCGGAGAGGUCCAAAGAACCUGAAACAUCCUAAUUUACUGUGAUAACUUGCCCUGUUAGCUUUAAGUACAAAGUAGCAUUUCUUAGAUAUAAAUUAUUGCUUGCGCAACGGCUUCUGUUCUUAAUGCAGUUGAAGAUAUGUGUAUGAAAAUAAUCCUAUUAAUUGCUUUAAUAAUGUUAUAGUUACUAGUUUAUAAUUUUUGUUAAUAAAAUAUAUUUU